AUGGCUUCGCCACAACGAGAGGCGCACCUGUACGCACGGGAGCGAGAAUCUUGCUGUGUGCUGCAAAACCGGACAAUGCUCCAGAAACAUGUUUGCCGAAACAUAGUCAGUGGCACCCGUGGAGCAAGAAGGAAGCCGCCGUUGCAGAAACUGCACCUUGGUUCCCGAAGUAUUCAUCAUUCCUACUACCCAGUUUCCAAGUUUCAAAGGCUUUCAUUACGGACAUCAGUUCAGCAGUUCUCCACCUUCAAUCGCCUUCCCUUGCACAAGUCCAAACUACACCUAAAGAAUGGCUUCCCACCUCACAGGAACUUUUGGCUAGCUAGAGUGGCUUCAAGGCUUCUAAAACUUCGCUACAUCGUCUUGGGAUCUGCUGUAGGCGGUGGCUACACAGCCAAAAAGACGUAUGAUCAGUGGAAGGACAUGUUGCCUGACCUCAGCGAGUACAAGUGGAUUGUGCCUGACUUCAUCUGGGAACUUGACGAAUACAUUGACUUUGACAAACUCAGCAAAGCUCUUCCUGAGUCGGAAGAUCUUAUGAAGCUGCUGCCUGACUUUGACAAGAUUGGAGAGAGCUUUGGUUCCCUGAGGGAUCUCUUCACACCUGGUUACAAUUUGGUUAGUGAAGUCAUAGGAGCUUCUGAUCUACUUCUGUUGUUAGGUUCUCCGGGGGAGACGGCAUUCAGAGCUACAGACCAGGGAGGCGAGAAUGAGAAGCAGUACAAGAAGGGCCUGCUUGGCGAACUCAUUCACUUGCAGCAGCAGAUCCAGCAGCAUGAAGAGGAAAUGCACAGAGCCACUGCUGACCCAAGUGGCCCGAGCUCCUCCCAGCAGAAGCGAAAGGUGUCUGACAAAGAAAAGGUUGACCAGCUCCAAGAAGAACUUCUGCGUUCUCAGCUGAAAUACCAACGGAUGCUUGAGCGCUUGGAGAAGGAGAAUAAAGAGCUAAGGAAGAUUGUAUUGCAGAAAGAUGACAAAGGCAUUCAUCAAAGGAAGCUGAAGAAAUCUUUGAUUGACAUGUAUUCCGAAGUCCUGGACAUCCUGUCCGAUUACGAUGCCAGCUACAACACCCAGGAUCACCUGCCCCGGGUGGUCGUGGUUGGUGAUCAAAGUGCUGGGAAGACCAGUGUCCUUGAGAUGAUUGCCCAGGCCCGGAUCUUCCCUCGUGGCUCCGGAGAGAUGAUGACCCGCUCACCGGUCAUGGUCACCCUCAGCGAAGGCCCUCACCAUGUGGCAAUAUUCAAAGACAGUUCUCGGGAGUUUGAUCUGACCAAAGAAGAAGACCUGGCGGCCCUGAGGAAUGAGAUCGAGGUGCGGAUGAAGAAGAGCGUGAAGGAAGGCUGCACGGUCAGCUCCCAGACCAUCUCCCUCAACGUGAAAGGCCCCGGCCUGCAGAGGAUGGUGCUGGUGGAUUUGCCAGGCGUCAUUAGCACGGUGACGUCGGGGAUGUCUCCAGACACCAAGGAAACCAUCUUCAGCAUAAGCAGAGCCUACAUGCAGAACCCAAACGCCAUCAUCCUGUGCAUUCAAGAUGGGUCCGUGGAUGCCGAGCGCAGCAUCGUCACCGACUUGGUCAGCCAAAUGGAUCCGCAGGGGAAGAGGACGAUCUUUGUCUUGACAAAGGUGGACCUGGCAGAGAAGAACGUGGCCAGCCCAAACAGGAUCCAGCAGAUCAUCGAAGGCCAGCUCUUCCCCAUGAAGGCUCUGGGGUAUUUCGCAGUUGUGACUGGAAAAGGAAACAGCAGUGAGAGUAUUGAGUCUAUUCGAGAGUACGAAGAGGAAUUUUUCCAGAACUCCAAGCUGCUGAAGAAAUGCAUGCUGAAGGCCCACCAGGUGACGACGCGUAACCUGAGCCUGGCCGUGUCCGACUGCUUUUGGAAGAUGGUGCGAGAGUCCGUGGAACAGCAAGCCGAUGCUUUUAAAGCAACACGUUUUAAUUUGGAGACGGAGUGGAAGAACAAUUACCCCCGCUUGCGAGAACUCGACCGGAACGAGCUAUUUGAAAAAGCAAAGAACGAAAUCCUUGACGAAGUCAUAAGCUUGAGCCAGGUGACACCAAAGCACUGGGAAGAGAUUCUCCAGAAGUCCUUGUGGGAGAGAGUCUCAACACACGUGAUAGAGAACAUCUACCUUCCAGCAGCACAGACCAUGAAUUCGGGGACGUUUAACACCACGGUGGACAUCAAGCUGAAGCAGUGGACGGACAAGCAGCUGCCCAACAAAGCGGUGGAGGUGGCUUGGGAGACUCUGCAGGAGGAAUUCUCUCGCUUCAUGACGGAGCAGAAGGGCAAGGAACACGACAAUAUUUUUGACAAACUGAAGCAGGCGGUGAAAGAGGAGAGCAUCAAACGGCACAAGUGGAACGAAAGAGCAGAAGACAGUCUGAGAGUGAUCCAGCACAACACCUUGGAAGACCGCUCCAUCUCCGACAAGCAGCAGUGGGACGCGGCCAUUCAGUUCAUGGAGGAAACGCUUCAGAGUCGCCUGAAGGACACUGAAUCGGUCAUUGAAGACAUGGUGGGCCCAGACUGGAAAAAAAGGUGGCUCUACUGGAUGAGCCGCACUAAAGAACAGGUCAUUCGUAACGAAACAAAAAAUGAACUUGAGAAGAUGAUCAAGUGCAAUGAAGAACAUCCGGCGUAUCUUGCAAACGACGAGGUCACGACCGUCCGGAAGAAUCUAGAGGCCCGAGGGGUGGCUGUCGACCCGUGCCUGAUCAAAGAUACCUGGCACCAGGUGUACCGGCGGCAUUUCUUGAAGGGGGCCCUGGGCCACUGCAACCUCUGCCGCCGAGGCUUCUAUUACUACCAGAGGCAUUUUGUGGACUCGGAGCUUGAAUGUAACGACGUGGUCCUCUUCUGGCGCAUCCAGCGGAUGCUGACCAUCACUGCCAACACCCUGAGGCAGCAGCUGGCCAACACGGAAGUGAGGCGCCUGGAGAAGAAUGUAAAAGAGGUGCUGGAGGAUUUUGCGGAGGAUUACGAGAAGAAGGCGAAGUUGAUCACUGGGAAGAGAGUCCAGUUGGCCGAGGACCUGAAAACAGUCCGGGAGAUCCAAGAAAAACUUGAAGCCUUCAUUGAAGCCCUCCACCAAGAAGAGAAAUAGAAGGUUCAGCGAGGGAGACCCAGCCCUGGUGUGGAAGGCACUUCCCUAAGGACGGCUGAGUGGAAUCCCUCCAGCCCUCGCCUCUCUGCCGUGGUUUGUAGGAGCCUCCUGCGGGGGCCGCCGCUCUCAGGGUGGGCGGCUGGCGGUCUUUGGGUGCAGCCCGCUCUUCUUUGCUUCGUGACGGUGAAGCGCACUUCGCAGCCGGAACUUGGGCUUCGUUACGGAGAAUGGGGGCAGAGUCCAGACUUUCACAAUUGUUCAGGGCGGGGAGGGGGAGGGGGGAAGGGAGGCCGCCACCCUCUGUCUCCUGAAAGGGUUUUUUAGCCCAUCUUGGUCUUCAUCUGAAAAUCCCGGGGAGCUUAAAAUGAAAUUUUAGCGUUUGUACAUACGUUGACGGCACCUAAGUAAUAUUUCUUUGUAUGAUGCUACACGUUGAGACGUUCUCGGGGGGGGUGUCAGGCUGCUUUUAAGAUACUCUGAGAUGUCAGUUCUCGGAGCAUGGCCGUGGCCGCGACUGAAGCACUUGAGCAAAGGAGGGUGGCCGGGGCUGGCUGGGGGCUUCUUCUCCUCCCAGCAAACG